AUGUCUCUCUUUACCGCUGGGAAACCAGCCCUCCCCCGCGUCGUCGUCUUGACUCCGACCUCAACCCGCUCCAGACGGAGCAUCUCCAGCUCAACCCUCAACAGCAAACCAAAGACACCGCGAGUCGAAGUCCGCUCCAGCUCAACAACAACCUCUGCAACCCUGCCAGCCAGCGAGAUCAAACCCGCCCCCGAAGCCCUCACAGCAACGCCACCCGCGCUCUCCGUCCUCCCCACGCCCGUCCUCCUGCGCUCCCUGCUCAUCGCCACCAUCUCCUCAAAGCCCUACCUCCUCCUCCCCUCCCUCUCCGCCCUCUCCUUCCUCUGCAAGCCGCGCUCUGGUCCAUUGCUAAAUGUCGACCGCAACCCAAUCCUGCACUCCAUCCUCAAAGCAACCUUCUACAAGCAAUUCUGCGCGGGCGAGACCCACGAUGAAGUGCGCAGGACGGUCCGCCAGCUCUCGGACAUGGGAUUCCAGGGGACGAUCAUGACGUACGCGAAGGAGACCGUGUUCGACGCGAAGACCAAGACGCAGGUGGGACUGGGCAUCGAGGAUGUCAAAGACGGUGCCCAGAACGCCGAGUUCUGCGCGCAGAUCGAGGCGUGGAGGAAGGGGACUGUCGAGACGAUUGAUCUGCUAGGCAAUGAGGACUAUCUCGCGCUAAAACUAACCGGCGCCGGCCCCUCCGUAACAAGCGCCUUCAACACAGGCUCCCUCCCACCGCCCCAAAUGCUGUCCGCCCUCGACGAAAUCGCCUCCAAAUGCGCCGCGCGCGGCGUGCGCAUCCUCGUCGACGCCGAGUCCCACCAUUUCCUCUCCGGCAUCCUCCGCGUCACCCUCGACCUCAUGCGCAAGUUCAACAAAGACGGCCACGCCCGCAUCUACAACACCUACCAGGCAUACCUCAAAAGCACACCGGCCACCAUCGCCUCGCACCUCCAAGCCGCCAGCGACGAGGGCUUCACGCUGGGUCUGAAGCUCGUGCGGGGCGCGUACAUCGCCUCCGACGAGCGCAGUCUCAUCCACGACACGAAAGCAGACACGGACAAUGCGUAUAAUGGGAUUGCGCAGGGCGCGCUGCGUCAGGAGCUCGGGGCGUUCGGCAAAGACAAGCCCUUCCCGUCUGUGAAUCUUUUCCUUGCAUCCCAUAACAAGGACUCUGUUAUGGGGGCUCAUGCGCUGCACCAGCAGCGGGUGAAAGAUAACCUGCCCACCGUGCCUGUGGGGUUUGGGCAGCUGCAUGGGAUGAGCGACGAGGUGAGCUUUAGUCUGCUUGCGUUGAAGAGUGAGGAUAAGGGGGAGCCGAAGGUCUACAAGUGUUCGACUUGGGGUGGGCUCGGCGAGUGUUUGGCUUAUUUGUUGCGGAGGGCGAUUGAGAAUCGGGAUGCGGUUGGGCGGACUGGGGAUGAGUUUCGGGCGUUGAAGGGGGAGGUUGCGAGGAGGGUUAGGGGGGUUUUGGGGCUUAGGAGGUAG